UAGAGGCUAGAGAGAUUCUGGAACGAUAAUUACAAUCUUGACAAAGAUGGCGUCUCACGUGGUAUCACGGAUCACAGAGGUCGAUAACAAGCCUCCAGCGCCAGAAAACCCGAUAGAUCGUGAAAAGACAUGUCCACUCUUAUUGAGGGUGUUCUGUAGUAACAAUCGCCAUCACCAGGAACAUGAGUUUUCUAGAGGCACAGUCCCAGCCAAUGAACUGCAGAUCUACACAUGGAUGGAUGCUACAUUAAAAGAGUUAUCCAGCCUCGUGAAGGAGGUCAACCCGGACGCUCGGCGGCGAGGCACGUACUUUGACUUUGCCAUCGUCCACCCUCAUCCCAGACGCAAUCAGGCCUACCAGAUGAGAGAGAUCGGGAUGACGUGCUCCGGGCGCAAGGGACCGGACGAUUCCGUCACCCUGGGAUCUCAGAGUUUCACCAUUGGUGAUUAUAUCGAUAUCGCCAUCACCUUGCCCCCGAGGGGUGGGCUCGGAGGAGGUGAAGGGGGAGGGAUGGGAGGAGGCGGAAGGAUGGGAGGCGGAGGAGGGAUGGGAGGCGGUGGGAUGGGGAUGGGGAGGAGAGGGGGCUGGGGGCGGUGAUGGAUGCAGUGGUACGAGUAGUAGGUAGUGGGUCAACACUCAACAGGAAGAGAGAGAGUCAUGGGAUGGGGACAAGAAGGGUCGGGUGGGAGGUUGAGGUUAGGGAGACGAGGAGACAGUGUGAAGGAAGUUUAGGAAGGUAUUAGCAUUGACAUUGACUCAUGGUAAUGGCAAAAAUCACACAAAUCGUCUGUCAAGAGACGGAAGGCCUACAUGUAUGGCAUUGGAAAUCAUACUUUUCUUCAGAGUUAACGCCUGUGGCUCUCAAGAAAUGAUAUCCUUUCUCAGUCAAGGCCCAAGGGUAAUAAGAAUUUUUUUAAAAGAUUGUUUUAGUAUUUUUGGGGUACAGAAGUACAUGUAAGCAAGAUCUGUUUAAAUGCUAUAAAAAAGGGAAGGAAAAAAGAUGUUAUGUGAAUGGAACAAGCAGGAUAGAAUGUCUUAUAAUUAUGACCUUGACAUUUAGCAAUGUCAUGUACAUUUGGACAUGGUAUGAUACAUUGAAAGUCAAGAAAAUAGAAGAGAUGUAUUAUUCAGAGAAGAUAAAAUCUCUUUGCAAAGACAUGAAUUGAUUAUAGGUGUUGAUACUUUUAUUGCUGCUUACAGAAUUCUGAAUUUUACAUAAUGAUUGAAUGAAGAUUUGAGUCUUGGCUGCUCUAGGCAAUCGCCAACAUUGGUUCAAUCUACUCUAGGGUAUAUUAUUUCAGAAUGAAAAAUCGUAUUCUAGUGUAACAAAUUGUCUUCAAACAUAAAUAUCUUGGAAAAAUUUUGAAGCAGGUGUGAUUCAUUUUUGUUUGUUUACCAAAUGGUUCAUAUUUUAAAAAGAUUUUUACUUUCCAUUCCUCAUCUGUAUUUGUGUUAUGUACCAGCUAUUCAAUCAGUAAAUUUCAUGACUCCAAAACCUUCACUUUAGUGAUUAUUUUUAGUAUAUUAGACAGUGAGGUGUACAAAAGUUGUUCUAGUUCCAAGAUUAAGAGUUUUUAACAAUUCAUAUUGGGCAAGGAUGUUAGCUGUAUGCCUGUGUAUAACAUAGGAUAUUUUGAUGUAAAUUUCAGUGCAUCAUUCUGCAUUUGGAAUAAACUAGGACAUAUAUGGCCAUGUGGCUUUUAAAGUAUUGUUUUAUUCUGGUCUCAGAAAUUUACCGUGAACAUGUAACUCAUCCCUAGAAUAUCUUAUUCUCUGAUGCAAGCCAACUAGAUUCAUAGUCCAGCUUGAUAGAACUGAAGUACAUGACAAAUAGAGUGGACUUGGCAUUUUAACUAUCUGAUGGUCUUUAUUUGUAAUUUUUUUUGUAUUACAAAAAAUUAACGACAAGCAGAAGGUUUAACAUUGUUUUAAAAUUGUUUUAACAUGCCUUGGCAUUUUCACUAUUAAAAUGUAAAUCCUUUUUUCUUUUAGUUCUUGUUUGUAUAGUCACUUUUUAAUACUUAAAGUUCUCUGUGUCUGCAAAUGUUGAGGAUGAUAGCUGUGAGCAUCUACUUGUAAAUAAA